AUGUAUGCACGAAAACUUUUAACCACACGUUUUUUUCGUCAUGAACUUGAAUUAUUGAUAAAUAUCUACCAGCGGCCCAAUCAACGGCCAAAUUUUACACAACUGCAAUUAAGAAAAUUUUCAUUAGCCAAUGUUGUCCAUACACGCUCUGGUAGUUCACAGACGCCAAGAGACAUUAACCAAACUUCAAAAACUUCAACACGUUUUGUAAAAUGUGAAAAGUGUAGCCAUUUUUUUGUGGUACUAUCUGAAAGUGACACAAGUAAAAAAGAUAAAGAUGACAAAAAAGUCAAACAAAAGCCUCCACCCCCACCGAAAAAGAUUUAUGAAUUUUUGAAUAAAUAUAUUAUCGGACAGGACCAUGCAAAGAAAGUUAUGGCCGUGGCGGUCUAUAAUCAUUAUAAACGGUUGAAUAAUAAUCUUUAUUUAUCAUCAGCUAAAGCAAAACAAGAACAGCAGAAAGAACAAAUACCAACACAACAAAAUACAAUUGAAAGUACGGGUCUGACCAGUAUGACUCCACAACGAGUUAUACUCAAUGUUGGCAUACCGUUUUAUCAUAUUAGUGCAAUGCAAGAAGGCGGUACACAUUUAGGCUCACCGCCACCAUCUGCAUCAAACUCAAAUUCAUCAUUUUCAUCAUCAACAAGCGAAGAAAUGAAACAUAGUAGUGAAAUUCUGAAUAAUGAGCAAUAUGAGCUCAAAUUAGAAAAAAGUAAUAUACUGAUGUUAGGGCCCACAGGAAGUGGUUAUGUUGGUGAGGAUGUUGAGUCAGUAAUUGCUAAAUUGUUACAAGAUGCAAAUUAUAACAUCGAAAGAUGUCAACAAGGAAUUGUAUUUUUGGAUGAAGUUGAUAAAAUUGGAUCUGUUCCGGGGAUACAUCAACUACGCGACGUUGGCGGUGAAGGAGUACAGCAAGCUUUACUAAAGAUGCUUGAAGGAACGAUUGUCAAUGUUCCCGAGCGAAGUUCAAGAAAAAUGCGAAGUGAAACUGUACAAGUGGAUACAACUAAUAUUUUAUUUGUUGCAUCUGGGGCAUACACAGGACUCGAUCGUAUAAUUAGUCGUCGAAAAAGAGAAAAAUAUCUUGGAUUUGGUUCAACAUCAAAUAAUGAGUUGCCAUCGAGACGUCGUGCUGCACAAAUGGAAUUGCAUGAUCAACGAAACGAUGAUAGUCUAUUAGAAGAAGAAAACAAAGAACGCGAUCGUUUUCUUCAAGAAUGUGAAGCUCGAGAUUUAAUAGAAUUUGGAAUGAUACCUGAAUUUGUCGGAAGAUUGCCUGUGAUCGUAGCAUUUCAUAGUCUCGAUGAAGAAAUGCUUGUAAGAAUAUUAACUGAACCAAGAAAUGCGUACAUACCACAAUAUCAAACUCUAUUUAAUAUAGAUAAAGUACAAUUAGAUUUUACAGAUGGUGCAUUGAGAGCAAUAGCAAAAAAAGCUGUACAACGUAAAACUGGUGCUCGUGGAUUACGUUCAAUUUUGGAACGUAUUUUACUUGAUCCAAUGUUUGACAUACCUGAAUCGGAUAUUGUUGGCGUUCGAGUUGAUGAAGAAACGGUAAGGUCUAAAAAAGGACCAGAAUACAUUUAUUCAAGGACGGCACCUGAUGAAAGGCGGGUGACAUAUCCAACAAGCAGUAACGAAGAAAAAAUUUCACUUCCAACCGGUUAA